GUGGUGGUGAGGAUGCACCAUGUGAGUAGGGUUCGAGGCCUGGAGACUCAACUGGUGUGGGCCAUCUCCAAGGAGACAGCCAGGCUUAGUCCAGAGGGCAUCCCCUACUGUGCCACCAAGGUGCAGUCCGUCACUUGGAUCCAGUAUGUGGCUGGCAGGGUGACCCAGUAUGCGUCUCACCUCCGCCACGAGACGUCUGUGGACGGACGUUUGGCUGCUACCAGCAGACUGAUGUCUCGGUGGUGUACGCCACUCUCCACACGGGGCUGGAUGGGCUGCUCUCCUCCUCGUGGGGGUCGGAGGCUGCCUCCGUCUCUACGCCCACCAAUCAGCAGUUCACUGAGCCAGAGCCUGAGGGCCACAACUGCUAUGAGGUCAGAUCCUCUACCUUACCACCAGAGAGUGGGACCAUGGCCUAGGCUCGUCUCCCUGCGCCAGGCCUUCACUACACUGCUUGGUUCCACCCUGGGCAGGAACCAUCUGUUUGUGGCAGGAAAAGGUCUAAUGGGCGCACUGGUUCAGGCCCACCACAUGGACGAGGUUUUCGAAUUCAUCCGUGCCUAUAAUGACUUUGUGGACUACCUGAGUGACCCUCCAAGAAGAUUGACAUUGAGAGGAGCUGGCUGA